AGCAGGUGGGAAGAAUGAAAGGAAGGGGGGAUGAAAGAAUGUUGAACCUUUUUGUUUGGCUGUAUGAUGGAAGGAAACAGGACAGAGAACCUCUGCAAUAGAUCGCUCGGAUGGCUGCAGCGGCGAGAGAAUGAUGCUAAGCCAUGGCUCUGGAAACUUUCUGAUUGCUUUUCUGCUGCUGAAAAGUCUGUGUCUUGCAGUGAGAAAACGAAGGAUUACAUGGAGAACAAGAAAGCUGCUGUAGAAUUGAAGGAUACUUCAUCUCCUCAUAAUGCUGGCUCUAAACUGUUUCCAGCAGUACCACUUCCUGAUGUUCAUCCUCUUCAGCAACAGCAAGUACAGCUUUCACCUGGCCUGAAAGUAAGCUGCUGUGCUCAUGGCUCUGACUCUUCUUGUACUCCACAAAUGCAUUGUGGUGGUGGUGGUGGUAGCUUGAUUCACCCUGGCGCAGUAUUAGACUCAGAAAGCACUGGGACGGUUACUUGUCAAGUAGGGUCAGGAUUUGCCUACCAGUCUGCAUCUUCACUGAAGAACCCUCCAGCUCGAAGUCAUUUGGCAGACAUUGCGAGUGAGUUCCCUGGCAUGUGCAUAGAAAACAGUGUGUCUUCCUGUCAACAUCUGCCCUGUUGUGGAAAAAUCCAUUUCCAGUCCUGUCAUGGUAACGUGCACAAACUGCAUCAGUUUCCAGCCCUUCAGAGCUGCCCAUCUUCUGGCUAUUUUCCUUGUUCUGAAUUCACAAGUGGGGAUCCAGGCCACUUGGAUGAGCGUGUUGCACAGCCAGAGCUAACAUCACGUGUGUGCACCAACCCUUUGCACCUAAACAUGGCACCCUCCGUUUGUUUAAAGGGCUCUCACUACUGCAGUGACUGCUUGAGCAAGCCAACCAGAAACAGCUUAGUUGAUGCUGCUAAAAUCUGGCCAAAUAUUCCUCCUCCAAGUGCACAGAGCGCACCUGUUCCUAUCCCAGUUUGUAACGGCUGUGGAAGCAAGGGAGCAGGGCGGGAGAAGAGCUUGCUGCUGGCAAGCAGCCUUGGCACAUCACCACAGAAAUAUGGAUCUCCGGAAGUUGCAAUAACAGGCCAAGUUCUGGAAAACUUGCCCCCCAUUGGAGUCUUCUGGGAUAUUGAAAACUGUUCAGUUCCCACUGGACGUUCAGCUGUAGCAGUUGUACAGAGGAUUCGUGAAAAGUUUUUUAAAGGUCACAGAGAGGCAGAAUUCAUCUGUGUCUGUGACAUUAGUAAAGAAAAUAAAGAAGUUAUUCAGGAACUAAACAACUGCCAGGUGACUGUUGCACACAUCAAUGCUACAGCAAAGAAUGCUGCUGAUGACAAACUCAGACAGAGCCUUAGGAGAUUUGCUGACACACACACUGCACCUGCCACUGUGGUUCUUGUGUCAACAGAUGUAAACUUUGCUUUGGAACUCAGUGACCUGAGACAUCGACAUGGUUUUCGGAUCAUCUUGGUACAUAAAAAUCAAGCUUCAGACGCACUCUUACAUCAUGCUCAUGAGCUCAUUUGUUUUGAAGACUUUAUUUCAGAUUUGCCACCAAGGUUACCACUGAAAAUACCGGCGUGCCAUACACUAUUAUAUGUUUAUAAUCUGCCAACAAACAGAGACAGCAAAAGUGUCAGUAACAGGCUCAGGCGUUUGUCAGACAACUGUGGAGGGAAGGUGCUGAGCAUUUCUGGAAGCAGUGCCAUUCUCCGUUUUUUAAAUCAGGAAAGUGCUGAACGGGCUCGGAAGCGAAUGGAAAAUGAAGAUGUUUUUGGUAACAGGAUUGUAGUGUCUUUUACUCCCAAAAGCAAAGAACUUAAUGAAACAAAAAACUCCAGCUUUGUGGGAACUGAAAAGGUAAAGUCUCCAAAAAAAAUUAAUAAGAACAUAAAGCUGUGCCUCCUCAACAAAGACUCAAGUGAUCAGUCUUCUGGUACCAAAGGCUCUGCUGGGAGAGGAUUCCAGAUACAUGGAUCUAUCAUCAAACCCACAAAUGUGAAAAGUUUACAGGAGCUGUGCUGCCUUGAAUCAAAGACCAUCAGUAGAAAUAAUGAGAAUCAGCAAGAACAGUUAAGAGAACAAAUUCCUUCUCCUCAGAGUAACUCUAAUGCAGCGAUUCCUGGGUCUCUGGCAACCAAAAAAACUGGAACAGAAGAAUCAUCUUGUAAAAAUAGUCAGAAAAGAGAGGCCUGCAGUUCCAGGAGCAUUACCAACUCCCCGGUAGAUAAAGAUGAAGCUGUAUUUCAGAUCAGCUACCCCUCUGCUUUCAGUAAGCUGACGGCCUCAAGACAGCUCAGUCCUUUACUCAUGUCUCAGAGCUGCUGGUCAUCUCGGAGUAUGUCUCCAAGCCUCUCAAAUAGAUCAUCUCCACUCACGUUUAAUGUGGUAAAUCAUACCAGUGGUACAGACUGCCCCGAUCCUUUUGCAAAUGGUGCAGACAUUCAGAUCAGCAAUAUAGAUUACAGAUUGUCCAGAAAAGAGUUGCAGCAAAAUAUACAAGAAAUUUUCUCAAGACAUGGCAAGGUUAAAAGUGUAGAGCUCAGUCCUCAUACAGACUACCAGUUGAAAGCUACGGUGCAGAUGGAAAAUCUGCAAGAAGCGAUCAGCGCUGUCAGUGGCCUUCACAGAUACAAAAUUGGCAGCAAAAGGAUCCAAGUCUCAUUAGCAACAGGAACUGCUAAUAAAUCACUCUCUCUACUUAGCUCAGAAACCAUGUCCAUUCUGCAGGAUGCACCUGCUUGUUGUCUGCCUGUCUUCAAAUUCACAGAGAUCUAUGAGAAAAAAUUCGGGCGUAAGCUGGCUGUGUCAGACCUGUCCAAGCUCACAGAUACUGUGGCAAUCCGUGACCAGGGCAGCGGGCGGCUGGUGUGCCUCCUGCCCAGCAGCCAGGCCCGGCAGAGCCCAUUGGGAUCCUCACAGUCACAUGAUGGCUCAUCAGCUAACUGCAGCCCUAUAGUGUUUGAAGAGUUGGAGUAUCACGAGCCUGUUUGUAAGCAGCAUUGCCUGAAUAAAGACUUUAUUGAGCAUGACUUUGAUCCAGAUUCUUAUAGAAUACCUUUUGUGAUUUUGUCUCUCAAGACAUUUGCUCCCCAAGUUCAUAGUCUUCUACAGACACAUGAGGGUACCGUGCCUUUAUUAAGUUUUCCUGAUUGUUAUAUGUCAGAGUUCAAUGAUCUUGAAGUGGUACCAGAAGGCCAGGGUGGCGUUCCUUUAGAACAUCUAAUUACCUGUGUUCCUGGAGUUAACAUUGCCACUGCCCAAAAUGGUAUUAAAAUUAUUAAGUGGAUACAUAACAAACCACCACCACCUACUACAGAUCCUUGGCUUCUGCGUUCUAAGAGCCCUGUGGGUAAUCCACAGCUUAUCCAGUUCAGUAGAGAAGUGAUAGAUCUCCUGAAAAGCCAGCCCUCCUGUGUCAUACCUGUCAGUAAAUUCAUCCCAACGUACCAUCACCACUUUGCAAAGCAGUGCCGUGUGUCUGACUACGGGUUCUCUAAGCUAAUGGAGCUGCUGGAAGCAGUGCCUCACGUACUGCAGAUUCUUGGUAUGGGUUCCCAACGCUUGUUAACUCUAACGCACAGAGCUCAGGUGAAGCGCUUCACUCAAGACCUACUGAAGCUCCUCAAAUCCCAGGCCAGUAAGCAGGUUAUUGUGAGGGAAUUCUUACAGGCUUAUCACUGGUGUUUCUCAAAGGACUGGGAUGUUACUGAGUAUGGAGUGUGUGAGCUGGCUGAUAUUAUAUCAGAAAUUCCAGAUACAACCAUCUGUGUGUCACAGCAAGAUAAUGAAAUGGUAAUUUGUAUUCCCAAAAGAGAACGUACACAAGAAGAAGUUGAAAGAACCAGACAGUUUUCUAAGGAGGUGGUAGACUUACUACGGCAUCAACCCCAUUUUCGAAUGCCCUUCAAUAAAUUUAUUCCUUCUUACCACCACCACUUUGGCCGUCAGUGCAAACUCGCUUACUAUGGUUUUACAAAACUACUUGAACUCUUUGAAGCCAUACCAGAUGUCUUACUUGUAUUGGAAUGUGGGGAGGAGAAAAUUCUCACGCUCACAGAGGUGGAGCAGGUGAAAGCAGUUGCUGCUCAGCUGGUUAAGCUGCUGCGGUCUCAGAAGGACAACUGCCUUAUGAUGAGUGACUUGCUGGCAGAGUACAGUAAAACGUUUGGAUACACGCUGCGCCUUCAUGACUAUGAUGUUAGCUCAGUUCCAGCUUUAAUGCAAAAACUGUGCCAUGUUGUAAAGGUUGUUGACACAGAGUCAGGCAAGCAAAUUCAGCUGAUAAAUAGAAAAUCUCUGCGGACUCUCACUGCCCAGUUGCUAGUCUUGUUGAUGUCCUGGGAUGGAGCAUCCUUUCUCUCUGUUGAACAGCUCAAACAGCGUUAUGAAACCAUCCAUAGUACUUCACUUAAUCCCUGUGAAUAUGGAUUUGUGACCGUAACUGAGCUCCUGAAGAGUCUGCCUUACUUGGUUGAGGUUUUCACCAAUGAUGCAGCAGAAGAGUGUGUGAAGCUUACAGACCUGUAUAUGUUUGCGAAGAACGUAAGGUCCUUGCUUCACACUUACCAUUAUCAGCAAAUUUUUCUUCAUGAGUUCCUAGCAGCGUAUAGCAAGUACACAGGAGAAAUGCUGCAACCUAAGGCCUAUGGAUGCAAUAAUUUAGAAGAGCUCUUGGGAGCAAUUCCACAGGUUGUCUGGAUUAAAGGACAUGGCCACAAGAGAAUUGUGGUGCUAAAGAACGAUAUGAAAACUCGUUUUAGCUCACCCAGUUUUCCCCCUGCUGAUCAUGUGGAUGAUCACGGAAAUCAACUUCCUGGCAGUAAUGGACAAAUUACGGAGACCCCAGGAUCUGCUUCAUCAGUGGAACUAAGUCUAGGAACAUCUAGCAAUGCCACGAAUCAAACCGAGCAAGAACUCCUUUGCCUCACAAACACAUCUCCUGUUGACCUCUUGUGUGAGCCAGUUCCCUCCUGCCUGCCUUCCCCCCAGCUGAGACCCGACCCCGUGGUUCUGGAGUCCGCGGACCUCAUCCAGUUUGAGGAGCGCCCCGCCCCGCUCUCGGAAAUAAUGAUUUUAACAGAAGAAGAAAAACAAAGAAUUGUUACCACAACUCAAGAAAAAUUGACCUCUGGUUCUGUGAUAGCUAAUACCACAGAGAAUGCUUCAGUGCCUCCCUCUCAGUCCUCUGAAACCCAAGUAAACAAGGAAGCAAUGGACAGCCCAGCCAAAAAGCAACACAAAAACAAAGUGAAAUUGGCAGCAAACUUUUCACUUGCACCUGUAACCAAGCUUUAACUCUUUCUUUUUAGUGUGAAAGAUAAGUACCUAUGGACUCGGCACAAAUAAAUCUGUUUGCUAGCCCUUCUGUAUUUUAAUGAAAGGCCUAGAAGAAUUAAUUUGUAUUUAAUGUAUUCUGUGAAGAUUUUGUUCCUUUUACACUGAACACAGCUGUUAGAGCAGAUAUUUUCUAUUAUUUUGAGAAAAAUUCUGGCAUUCGUUAAAUUAUUCUUGAAUUUUACAGUUUUUCAUAAAUGUGUGUUCAGUAAAAAUCAAAAUAUCAAUUGAACUAAAAUGGAACAGAUUUUAUUUUC